AUGGGGGAUUUUUUAGACGAUGUUGAAACUUCAGAAAACGUAAGCCGAGUCAGACCUUCAUUAGCUCAAGUAAAAGUUGUGGUAGAAUUCAUGGAGAAACACCCAGACAUAGCUAACCGCAAACAAAGGGAUGGCAUGAGCCAUGAAAAGUUUAAGGCGUUAUGGACAGAGUUAGCUAAUAUUGCUAAUGGCUUAGAGGGUGCUACAAAGUCAAUGAAGGGUUGGAUCAAGUUUUGGUCAGAUAAAAGAAGGAGUGUGGCUAUAAGGCAAAAACAUAUUAAUGAGGGCAGAAUCAAUGAUAUACUGAGUCCUUUAGAACUAAAAAUUUUAGACAUCUGUUCUAAUAACAAACAUACAAUAAAUAAAAGAAAGAACUCAUUUAAGCAAGAGACAUGUAAUGGAGAUGAUGAUUCACUUGAAAAUAUACUUAGGAAGGAAGAUGAGAAUCUGGAAUAUACAGUAAAUACAGAUCAAAUUAUGACUACACAAGCAGAUGAAAAGCAUUUAAAUUUGAUGGAGAAAUUAGUAGAGGUUAUGGAUCAGCAGACGUCUGCUAUGUCACAAAUGGCAGAGGCAACUCUAAGUAAUUCUAAAGCUCUGGAACGGAUAGCGGUCGCCUCACAUAAGCAGGCAAUGGCGGUGGAUCGACUGGCCAGCACUUUUGAGAGUAUCAACGCUGCUGUGUUCGACCUUCUCAUAUGUAAGUGCAGUAGUGCAAAGAAGAUGCUGGGGUUGAAUACAUUUAUUUUAAUUGCGUACAUUGCUUUUGCCAAUAGUACUUUGUGUCCGAAGCAAUGUGACUGUGACAUGGAAAAUGGGUUGAAUAGGGCGACGUGUGUGAACCAAAAUAUUGUCAGCGUCGGAGUCGGAGUUCCGCGUGAAGUGCAAGUGUACAGCCUAAGUCAUAAUGUGAUUAGCGAGUUGGACAACUUUUGUUUUAAAGAACUCGGCUACACAUCAAUCCGAAUACUAAAUCUAUCAUACAAUCUAAUUUUUUGGAUUGGACUGCACGCAUUCUCCGGUCUAGAUAAUUUGAUUUAUCUAGAUCUGAGUACAAACAGACUACGAUAUAUCCCACCGGAUUUGUUCUGGGAUACACCGCAUCUGGACACACUUGAUUUGUCGGGAAAUGUUUUUGAAUCUCUCAAGAAUGAACCUUUCCUAAUGCAUACGAAGCUGCAGAUACUGAACCUUAACAAUUGUCGCAUUAAGACAUUACCGGAGAGACUGUUUACACGAUUGCCAAAUUUAAAAAAGCUGGACCUAAGUGAUAAUUACAUGAUCUCCAUAAAUUUUGAAGUGUUACGCCCUUUAAAAAAAUUGGAAAGAGUAGAACUGCGAAACGAGUAUUUACAGUGUAAUCCAGAUUUUAUCGCUGUCGAAACUUGGAUUGUAUCUCGCGGUAUAACUUAUACCAAGCAGUGCAAGAAGAAAUUUCCAAAGAUGUCGGAGAAAAUGAUUUCAGUUGUAACACCGGAGAAAGAGGCAGUUGAUGUGGACCAGGUUUGGAAUGUCACAAAAAGCGAUAAUAAAACUAUUUCGUCGGAAGUUCCUACGAAGUCUCUCACGCCGUUUGAAAAGUUCGACAAAGAUUUCUCAGCGUUUCAAGCGUUCGUCAUAGGGUUAGAAGUAGGACUCGCCAUUGGUGUAGUCGGAACUUAUGUUUGGCUGCGACAGUUUUGUACAUGCGGUAAUUUGAUGUGCUUGCGAAAUGUCAAUAGCAGACCACGUAGACGAAUUAAUAGAUUAGCUGAUGGUGACAUGAGAACGAAUUUGCUUUUGAGCAAUAUCUUAAAUCCGGAUUUGGAAACGCCGCCAUUGUUCCGGCGGCAGCUUACGUCGUCGCCGGAGAGGAAUUCACCGUUACCAGCGUACGGCGUACCCGGUGUUAGGGAGCCAAUGUUGCAAGCCGAUGCGAUUAGGGUUCCGAACCGCGCUGAGACUCCUCCUCCGCCUUAUAACGAAUGUCGGAUUAAUGUCUAA